CAAACACACACUGAGCAUGCGUCACUGGAAUAAUGGAGGACGGUCUUUUCCACCCGGACUGAUGCUGUCUGUAUUUCUACUCUACUACCUGUGAUCUUAGGAAAAACAAUUCGUCUACAUUUCAGCGCGUUGUUAAGGUCAAAUGAACAAACCCAAGAUGACUACAGACAAGCCAGCCCAAAGCGUGGGCUCCAGGAUAAUGACGUUUACCCCCUCCAAAGAGGAGUUCAAGGACUUCAGCCGGUAUAUUGCCUAUAUGGAGUCACAAGGAGCGCACAAAGCUGGAAUGGCAAAAGUUAUUCCACCUAAAGGCUGGAAACCUAGAAGGACAUAUGAUGAUAUCGAUGACCUGGUGAUUCCUGCUCCCAUUCAGCAGGUAGUGACCGGCCAGUCCGGACUGUUCACACAGUACAACAUCCAGAAGAAGCCAAUGAAUGUCCACGAGUUCCGCAAGACUUCCAACAUGGACAAGUUCUGCAAUCCCCGAUAUGUGGAUUUUGACGAGCUGGAGAGGAAGUUUUGGAAGAACCUGACCUUCAACCCACCCCUUUAUGGGGCUGAUGUCAGCGGAACACUGUAUGAUCCAGAUGUGACUGAAUGGAACAUCGGCUGCCUCAACACCAUUCUGGACACUGUGGAGAACGAGAGCGGGAUCAAGAUCAAAGGAGUCAACACACCAUACCUCUAUUUUGGAAUGUGGAAAAGUGCCUUUGCGUGGCACACAGAGGACAUGGAUCUGUACAGCAUCAACUACCUGCACUUUGGAGAGCCAAAGUCCUGGUAUGUUGUCCCACCAGAGCAUGGAAAAAGACUGGAACGACUUGCCAAGGGUUUCUUUCCAGGGAAUGCUCAGAGCUGUGAAGCCUUCCUGCGCCACAAGAUGACUUUAAUUUCACCCUCAAUCCUGAAGAAAUAUGGCAUACCAUUUGAGAAGGUCACUCAGGAGGCUGGGCAGUUUAUUGUGACAUUCCCAUUUGGUUAUCAUGCUGGUUUCAACCAUGGCUUCAACUGUGCAGAGUCCACCAACUUUGCCACCCAGCGAUGGAUUGAUUACGGCAAACAGGCGACACUGUGUUCGUGCCGUCAGGACAUGGUGAAGAUCUCCAUGGAUGUGUUUGUACGCAAAUUUCAGCCUGACCGUUACAAGCUGUGGAAGGCAGGCAAAGACAAUACUACCAUCGACCACUCCAAACCCACUCCAGAGGCUGCUGAGUUUCUGAAAGAAGACAAGAGAGAACUUUCAAAAGAGGCUCUCAGUGAAGCUGGAUCUGAGGAGCCCACGACUCCUGUCCAGGAGGACAAAAGUAUAAAGCCUCAGACUGGGACAAAGCGUCAGCUGGAAGCUAUUGAAGCCUCUGAAGACAUCAAACCUGAGCUGACCGUGGAGGAGACUGAGGAGGUGGAGCCAAAGAAGGCAAAACUAUCAUGCAAGGAGUCUUCAACUAAAGUCCCUGUCAAGCCAGAUAAAGACACAGUGAAAGUCAAGACGGAGCCUAAGAAGGAGAAAGACACCAAGCCUCAGACUAAAUCUCAGUCCAAAGCCAGCGCAAAAAAAAAAUCAAACAGACAAAGCAUGUCGAAGAAAGAAAAGAACGGUGUGUCCUCUGCAGACGCCUGUCCUCCAGACCAUGUUGAGAGCCAGGUGGCGGCUCUGUGCUCUGAGGAGGAGCCUCAGCUGGGGAGCAGCUGCAGCCCGGCACACAAAGUGUUUCAGAGGACGCUGAGCCCCGCAGACGUCCUGCAUGUACACAGCUAUGCCAAAGGAGACUACGGAGAGGGAGAAGCCCUGCCCAAGGAGGAGAAGAUGAGUGAGGACAGUGACGAUGAGAUGGAGAAGGACAACAGACAUGUUAGCAAAGCACAGGGGGCAGAAGAGGUGGCUGGAGAUGGAGAGUCAGAGAGUGAUCUGGGACAGCUGCCAGGCCACCAUCCGCUCAUAAAGGACGGCAUGAGUGAUGAAGAGGCUCCAGAGGAGGCGCCCCCAGUGGAGGAGGGGGGUCUGGAAGGGGAGAGCUGGGCUAAACCUCUGGCUCACCUGUGGCAGAGCAGACCUCCCAACCUAAAGAAAGAGAAGGAGUACAACCAGCGCAUGGAAUCCAAACCUCCAUAUUGCUCCAUUUGCACGCUGUUCUACACAUACCAGCAGGUAACUGAAUGUGCCAACAGUGUGGACAGUCCUGUCCUGGUGGCUGGUGGACAGAUGCGGACCAAACCUCUGAUCCCAGAGAUGUGUUUCACCACCACCACAGAGGAGGACUCUGAGUGUGAGGAGCCGCCCGUCACACCACAUCUAGAAGAAGAUGGAACCAGCCUCCUCAUCAGCUGCUCUCAGUGCAGCAUCCGGGUUCACACCAGCUGUUACGGUGUGGAUCCAGCCAGUGUGAGCAAGGAGUGGAAAUGUGCGCGCUGCAAGGCCAACGCCAUGACUGAGAAUUGCUGUUUGUGUUCGCUGAGAGGCGGAGCCUUGCAGAAAGCCAACAACAACAAGUGGGUACAUGUGCUGUGUGCAGUGGCUGUGCUGGAGGCCCGCUUUGUCAACAUCACUGAAAGAAGUCCUGUGGACUUAAGUGGAAUCCCUUUGCAGAGAUUUAAACUGAAAUGUUACUACUGUAAGAAGCGGAUGAAGAAGGCGUCUGGCUGCUGCGUGCAGUGCUCUCAUGGCCGCUGUCCCACUGCCUACCACCCCACCUGUGCCCAGGCUGCUGGAGUACUCAUGCAGCCGGAUGAAUGGCCCUUUGUAGUCCAUGUUACCUGCUGUCGACACAAAGGCCCAACUCAGAUUGAGCGCAAUAAAGCAGCCAUGCAUGAGCUGACUGUGGGACAGAAGGUGAUAUGCAAGCACAAGAAUGGCCGCUACUACCAGUGUGACGUGGUGCAGCUGUCCAAAGAGACGUUUUACGAAGUCAACUUUGAUGAUGGUUCCUUCAGUGACAACCUCUUCCCCGAAGACAUCGUGAGCCGGGACUGUGCUCAGCUUGGCCCCCCCCCCGGUGGUGAGGUGGUGCAGGUGCGAUGGACAGACGGCCUGGUGUAUGGGGCCAAAUUUGUGGCAGCGCAUGCCAUCCACAUGUACCUGGUUGAAUUUGAGGAUGGCUCGCAGCUCACAGCGAAGAGAGACGAUGUCUACGCUCUGGAUGAGGAACUCCCAAAGAGAGUCAAAUCCAGACUGUCUAAAGCGUCAGACAUGAGAUUUGACGGCAUCUUUGAAGAGAAGGAGAUCAUCAAGGAAUCAAAGAGACAGAGAGUGAUCAACUCUCGUUACAGAGGGGACUACAUAGAGCCUGUGAUUUACAGAGCCAUCAUGGAGUAACGCUCCUGUCUGCUCACGCAUACACCAGCACCACUGACAGACUGAACUAUACCUUAACUCAGCAGCUAGCCACUGAGAGUGUAGCUCCAGAUGACUUCCUUCAGGACUCACUUUGGACUGUUCUCCAUUUUUUACUUCUUAUUGAUCGUUCAUUCAAUAAGAAAUAUAUUUGCUUUGUUUGAAUGCGAUUAAAGAAAGGGCAGUAUUUUUUAUUUCCGUUUUUCCAUAGGACUCCACACACAAUGCAGUAGGCUGACGUGCAGCUGGCAGUACAUAGAAGUAGAAAGCAAUACAAAAAUGGCAUUUGUUCAUUAAAGUAGCAUUUAGACAGUAAGGCACCUUUUAAGAAGACAAUGCUGGAGGUAAACUUUAAUCUACAGUAAUGCUAAAUUCAUUUCAAACAUUUCAAUUGACUUUGCCCAAUUACAGUUAGUUUAAGUUUAAAGGUUAAUAUCAGUGUGAUUUUAUUUCAGUUCUGCUGCCAUAAAUAAUAAAUGGAGCCUGAAAGGUAUCAUGGGUAAAGGUUUUGAUGAGGUAAAUGACUAAGUCGUGUCCUCAAAUAGCUGAAUGAAUUCGUUAAAAUGAACAGUCUAAUUGCAAUUAUUCCUUUAGUUAAUGCCCACACACAUACACACACACGCACUAAUAACUGAUUUUUUUGGCCAAAUUAUUAAUUUAUGUAUGUAUGUAGGUAUGAUUUCCUAAAUUGUUUGCUAGAAUUAUUCAAAUUGUUUUGGGCUGCAACUAACAAUUACUUUCAUUAUCAAAUAAUGCUACUUAUUUUAUCAACUUGUGUCAGAAAUGAGGCUCAACACAAUUCCCCUGAGCUGAGCAUUAUUAUUCAGUUUAGAGUAAUAUAAGUUUCAUAUUUGAGAAGCUGGAACCAGUCAAUAAAUAAAUCCUGUUAGUUAUGUUCUGUUGAUUGCUUGAUGGACUUACUGUUCCAGCUCUAAAGAUGUUACUGAUAUUGCCCAGCUCCAUGUUUUGAAAAGGCCCAGCUAGAGUUCUGCCAUGCUAAUUUGAUUGAACACAACUUUAUUUCAGAAUAUGCACCAUGUGAACAUAAUAUAAAUUAAAAUAAUAUAACUAAUAAUAUCUACACCCUGUCUCUUUUGCUGUGUCUGCUCCCAAUGGAUAUUGUGUAUCUACUUGAAACACAUGGACAUAGAUUAUUUACUUAGUCAGAGCAAGACAUUUCUCAACAAGUUAAGCUGAUGCAACCAAACCAACACAAUGGCAAACAAGUCCUGUAUCCAACACAAAAGGUUCCAAAUGUGUCAGUGAGCCGAGCGCUACACUGCGCUCAUCAAUGAAUCCUCAGCUCCAUUUACUGGCUGAAAACCUCAUUAGCUUUACGAACCUCUGGAGUCCACAUCAUUGAAGCAUGAGUUGAUCAUGUCAGACCACCGUCUUUGGAAUCCAUCGACAUGGUUAGACUCUUUAAGGGCAUGAAUCCGAAAACAAAAUUGUACUGAAAUUAUCUUAUAGUUAUAGAAAUACUUCACCCAAAUGUUUGUAUCAGUUCACUACUUGCCUCUGGUGGCCUGGAGUGAUGCACAGAAUGUUUGUACCUACGAUCCUUCAUGACAGUGGCAGCCGUUUCAUGGAACAAUGAAUUUACAGGUAGAUACUUUUUAACCACAAAUAAGAGUGUACUGAUACCAAAUCAAUACUUUUUCCAAUACCCUACAUUGAUAAAUUGUUUAAGAUUUUUUUAAUUUUAAAGAUUUGUGCGAGGAAACCAAAGAAGACAAAGUUCUUAAAUGUUGCAGAAAAACAACUAGAUUUAGCUCAUUUUGCCUGAAAUUGGUUCAAAUUUAAAUUCACUCGCAGCUUCAGACACAUUUUGUUCUGUACCAAAAGGUUUGAGUAUCGUCUGCAUUUUGAAGUGGAUCUCAAUAUUUGAAAGUUUAAAAAAGAAAACGUUAGCAUACUGCAUUUUUGAACAAACAUUUGUGAUGGGUAUGUGUUGAGCCUGGCAUUCAGUCGUGACAGAAUAAGUCCCUCUUGCAAGCUCUUCUCUGGGCUUUCAACUGCAAUUUGAAGCUCUUAAAAGCUCACGUGUGGCCCUUGAGUUUAGAUUAUUCUGUUAUAAAUAACCAAAAUAAGUAUUGAACAGACUUUAGGUUUUACAGUACAGUGUGAAGGUUUAAUACGCAAUUUUGGACAUAUUAAGCACACAAGUGGAAUGCUACAAACUUGGCUUUUGCAAUUCAGCAACAUUUGUACUGAAGUUUUUCAAAUUGUUGUUUGAAAGGAUCUCCCCACAACUUCAGAAACUGCUCUCACAUGAGCACUCCAGAUGGAAUGGUUGUUACGAACUGAUACAGAGAUAAUAAUAUAUGGAUGAAGUCUUUAAAUGCCAUUGAAUCCACUGAUAAUGCCUUUUUAACUAUAACUAUGAACUGCAUUCCUUUAGUGAAUAGUGAAUAUCUCUUGUUUUACAAGCCUAUUUAUUAAGGUGCUUUGAGAAAGUAACCUGCGUUACAGAGUUUGCAGUAGUACUGCGGAGGUUGAGGUUAAUGAUGUACGCUCUAUUUUUUUCUACAGUAUAUACAUGAAUUUUAAAGAACCUGUUCAGAUUUGUAAUGCGUUUGUCUACCAAAUUGUUUCCUCACUCUUCUACUGAAAGUUGUGCAUUGCACUUUUAUUUAAGUCCAGUUUGCAGAGACAUUUGAAUAGUUGUGUGCUGCCAAUGCUUAUUUGUUAAAAAUCUGUUUUAGAAUGUUAAUUGCACAUUUAUAAAAUGUCUCCCUCUUGGCCAAGCUCAAGCCAGUGAACUUGUUCUUGUUGUGGAGUCAGCCUACAGUACAGACAGAGGAAUGUUAGUUUCCUAGUUAGAUGUUGCCAAUUCAAAGACCCUGCUUUCAUCAGUCCAAGUGGAUAAUUUUUUUAUUUCAAGAAAAGUAUUAUCCGAGUUGAUAGAGGGGAUCUCCUUUUCUAUUUUAUUGCAAUGUUUGGUAAAACAUGUUCUAUGUGUAUUUUCACAGAAACCUUUUGAAGUGUAAAUGUCAUGCAGUUUAUUUUAAGAAGUUACUCGUUGACACAGGAGAUGAGCAUUUAUCUGCAUUUCUUGUAUAACUGAAUUUACAGAUUUUUAUUCAAACUAUUUGUAAAUUUCAUUGUUUGUUUCAGUAAAGACAUUUUUUCAGG